AAUCUCCUUCCCGGAAAUUGCAAGUGCGCUUUGAAUAUACAUUGUUUCUUUGUCUUGGUCCAAUUCAUACACCUUUUUUGUAUGAGGGGAGAUCUUAUAGGAUAAAUAGCCACACCAUGGCCUCAAAAAUAUUGAGCUCAUCAAACUCUCAACCAAACUAGCUACUAUAUCUUAGCUUCGCUUAGCUCCCUUGAAAGAUAGAGCUGUAGUGUGUACAUUGACGACCAAAUUAUUCAGCAGAGACAGAGAGAGAGAUGGUGAGAGCUCCUUGCUGUGAGAAGAUGGGAUUGAAGAAAGGGCCAUGGACGCCUGAAGAAGACCAAAUUCUAGUUUCCUUCAUCCAAAAAUAUGGUCAUGGAAACUGGCGUGCCCUGCCAAAGCAAGCUGGCUUGUUGAGAUGUGGGAAGAGCUGCAGACUCCGGUGGAUAAACUAUUUGAGACCCGAUAUCAAGAGAGGAAACUUCACAAGAGAAGAAGAGGAAGCUAUCAUUAAGUUGCAUGAAAUGCUCGGUAACAGGUGGUCAGCAAUUGCAGCAAGAUUACCAGGACGCACAGACAACGAGAUAAAAAAUGUAUGGCACACCCACUUGAAGAAAAGACUCAAAGAUCAGACUUCAACCUCAUCACCAGCAAGCAGUGCUUCCAAUGUCACAAGCCAAUCUGCUGAGCCAGAAAAUAUGAAUUCUCCACAACCAUCUUCCAGUUCCAGUGAUGUUUCCUCAGUCACAGAAGUCUCAGCUGCAUUGACUCAUGAUAAUCACCAGGACAUGAUAACCAUCAAAGGCGAAAACAUGGAGCUUUCGGAAACAUUCCCUGAAAUCGACGACAGUUUCUGGUCUGAGGCACUCUCAGCUGAUAACUCCAGCAUCCCAUUGGAAUUUCCAGAGGCCACAAAUUAUCAAUAUUCAGGGGAGUUGGGUUUUACUUUUUGUCCAAACAUGGAUGAUGGCAUGGAGUUUUGGUACGACCUUUUCAUUAGAGCUGGCCAUGGGGACACACCAGAGUUACCAGAAUUUUGAUCAACUCUUUUACCAUACCCUGAGGCAAUUUUUAAUUGGCGAUUAGAAUAGUUAUUAAAUAUUUCUAUUCUUCAAAUUUGACCGUUAAGAAAAAGCUAGCUUAUUGGACAGAAAUUUCAAUAGUGGGGGCAAAGACUUGUGCAUUGACGAAGAAACUAAAAAGCUAGCUAAUACCUCUUCGUAUAAAGGAGAAAGGAUAUAUGUAUAAUCUAGAAAAGGUGAUUCGGGUCGUCUUCACAAUAUUGGUGGUGAUUUGAAAGGUGGAUAAAGAACAGAAUAAAGUGUGGGAGACAAUUAAAAAGAUUGAGUUGAUGGAAACAGUUUUGUAUAUAUAGUUUAUGGCUA